AUGGUAGUGAAUCGUGACACUCUCGGUACUUGGCAAAAGUGUUGCGAAUACGCUCGUGCCCAUCUGAAAUCUGGUAAGAGCGUUGUGGUAGACAAUACCAAUCCUAACAAGGAGUCAAGGAGCCGCUACAUAGCAUUAGCACGGGAAAUGAAGGUGCCAUGCCGAUGCUUUGUUCUAACAUGUGAUAUCCACCAAGCUGAACAUAAUGUGAAAUUCCGUCUCCUGACGCAAAAGUCAAGCAAUGAAGUCACAACAAUGGUUCUUCGCAUGUAUGCGAAUAAAUACGAGGUGAGGUUGUUUGGAGUAUCCCGGAGCCAAUGGGUUAUCAUUGUGCAGCUUCGGCUCCCUCAUUCUGACAUGGUCACUGAAAGGUUGGUGAUGGCCGUAACAGGUGCCGCACAAAGAGAGCCAUAUUUUUUUGUUCGUUUACUUUGCCAGCGUAUGCUCAUCAGCUCUUCAGUCUGA